UUGAGUCGCGUGACCAGCAUCGCAGCAGAUUUGAAUUGUUUGUGAAAUUGUGUGCAUUCGUGUCGUUGUUUGAAUGCGAAGCAGAAAAGAUUUGAGUUUUCGGAGGAACUAGAGAGACGAACAAACUGCCGGAUGGACUGUCGAGCUAACAGCGAUGUGUUCUUUCUCCCCGAUGAGAAGUUUGACUUCGAUGUUUCCUUGUCACCUGCGAGCUCCAGAGGUGAUGAAGAUGAAGAUGAGGUGUUUGUGGGUCCUGUCAGGCAUAAGGAGAAGUGUGUUUCUGCUAAUGUGGGGUCUCCCCUCGAGGACCACGGCGUGACAUGGAGCCCUCUGACUGGAGAACAGCUGGAGGCUGUGUGUCAGGAAGCCCAUAGACUAGCAAGCCAGCUGCAAAGCACUGUACCACACAGCAAGGACACAGACACCACCAGUGUGACCAUGGACACCAUGACUGAGGGAGAGGAGUUUUUCCAGGAUGCUGACACCAAACUUGGUCUGCUGACUCAGACCAACAGUGUGCUCAGCCCCAUCAAACGGCAAACCUUCUGUGUGCAGGACAGUCCAUUUAAGCAGCUCCCGCCUAUUAUCCAGCACCACCUGCAGAGAGGCAGUGGCUCCAACGCCACUGCAGCAUCAUCUACCCGCCCCACUUCCAAAGGCCGACCCAGCACUUCCAGCCCUGUGGCUGAGGCCAAAGCUCAGCCCAGGACGGCGUUGCGAGGGAAAGUUGCACUGGGUGUUGCUAUUGUGCUGCCAAGUAAACCGACCAUCCCAGUGACUUCCUCUUCAACCAGCAAGAGCAGAGUGGAAAAGACCAAACUGCAACCACCCAAAAGAGCUGCGGGUAGUUGGAGGAGAAGCCCAUCUUCUUGUCCUUCUAGCAGGCCAGAGUCCUCAGAGGAUUUGUUCUCUGAUUCGGCAAGCGUGGCCUCUGACAUCAGUGAUUCCUCCCUCAACUCAAGUCUGUUGGGAAAACGCACAUUGGCUCUGCCCACCAAGCAGAGUGGAGUGAGAAACCUGUCAGGUGGGAAGGCACUGCCUCUUCAGACCAGGAGAAAGAACACAUCCUCGUCUUCCUCAUCUGUAUCGAGCUUCAACUCCAGCAUAUCACUUUCCCCUGCUAAAGGCAAACUGAACUCUUCCGUGAACCGGAGUGUGAGCAGCUCCACUGGCCCUGCCCCCCGCAAUGUGAACAGUCUCAGCAGGCCACGCCGGUCCACUAUCUACAAUGCUGUAGAGUCAGUGUCCUCCACAGCUGCCGGCCGCCGCUCACUAUCCACUCAGGCCAAGAAGCUGUCUGAGGCAGAGUGUAUCAAAGAUGCAAGAUCCACUCCUCAGAAGAGAGCUGAAGCCACGCCCUCCAAGAGAUCUGCCUCCAGCCUCACCAACACCUCCACAAGCCGGCUGCAGAGCGGGCUGAAGGCCAAACCUAAACCUGAGGCUGUGGUCCCACCUACUCCCACCACAGGAGGCAAAGGAGUCCGCCAUACAAAUGAAAUCUCGAAGGUGUUGAAGCCAAAGAGGCUGAUAUCACUUAACGGCAUGGACAGUGUUCCUCAAAAGCCAUCUACUGGUCCAGUGACACCCUCUAUUAGCUGCAAGUCUCUGCCUACAAAGGCACGGCGCCCCUCUGCCCUCCCUACCCCGGUUAGACGCAAGGCUUCACUCAUUCCCUCUGCAACGCCCAAACCACCAGCCAUCUCUGAUCAUGUCCCCACCCCCAACUCGUGUACAAAGUGGCACAGCUGUAGCCCCACCCUCAAAGACACACGAGUGGAGGAGGAGGAGCAUGUUGCGGCACCUGACAUCCAGCCCUUCUGUCUGGAUGAGGAGGAGCCCCCUACCACCACGCCCUCAAACACACAACAGACUGACCAGUCGGAGCAUAUGGAUGCUGGAGCACUGAUUCUGGAUGAGUCGGCACCAAGUCGAAAUCUGAUUGAACUGGAACCUACAGAGGAGAACAGCAGCAAGAGACAGGAGGUUCUCCUUGUGGAUCUUCCACCCCCGACUCUGUCCCCUCAAGAGAAGCUGCUCAUUGACUUGACCAACACGCCUGACCUGAUCCGGACCAAUAAUAAGACCUGCAAUGGAACUCAGCUGAUUGAUUUGAGCUCUCCGCUUAUCAAGUGGAGUCCUGAGGACAAGACUGAGAACACUGCCCCUCUCAUCAACCUCUCCUUCUGAGCCUCAUCUUCAAGUUGGAUCUCUGCAGACUACUGGACUCACCACCUUAUUCUCUUCAAAAACUCUUAAUAAUCCAACUGAUUCAGAGUUUCUAAUCAGUUUCUUUCCUAAAGCAGAGUAUUAUGUUUUACAUAAAAGAUUCUGAAGUUUCUCUGCACCUGAUUGUACUUUUAGUCUUGAUUGUGCUGCUUAUUGUUGAAUAAAUCUUGUUAAUGUCACUGUAAACACUCAUGUGCUUCUGACUUUCUAAGCUUAUUUUAAGACAAAUGAUUUAAACAUUUUCACUGUUGAUUUAGAUCAAGUUUGCUGUGAGUCCAGAGUCAAAGGUGAAGAUGGUUUGUUUUGAAUUGAAGUCCAAAUUGAGCUGCAUUAAAACCUGCAGAGUAAGUAGCUGCCAGCAGGACAGUGUUUCACCAUCAGUGAGGAGUUCUUUGAGCUGCAGUUUGACAGGAUUGUCACUGGGCUGGCAGACAUGGAGUCUUACAGUACGUGGCCACACAUGAAGCUGUGGAACGGUGACGUCCGCCUCGGCCGCUCUGUUCAAGGUGUUGGGGCAACAUGGCGGCUUCCGCAAAGCUGUGCCCGCUUCUGUUUAUUUUUAAUGGAUUAAUUCUGAGUUUGAGAAUGCAUCAGUUUGUUACACGAGGUAAUUACGUACUAAUCAGUGUAUGUUUGUGAGUAAAACAUUUUUUUUGUUUUUGUUCGCCCAAUAAAUAACCUCAAAUGUC